CAAUAUUUCCAGACCGUUUAAAAAAUCCGUAUUGGCCAACCCCAACUGGCAUUAUAGUUCGGUUCGCGGUGUAUUUGGUGCGUGGCUUUUCAGUGGUUUAAAUGAAUAAUUUUCGUACUUUAGUGAAAGAAACUUACUAAAGAGCAGUUAAGGAACUGGCUGGAAUAAGUGCCCAACCCCAACAUUCGAUUUUUUGGUAAGCAGAAGGAAUUCACACACCGGUAAACUGGCAAGUGAAAUGCAUCUUGUUCCCAGCCGCGGAAAUUGUGCACCAUAAUCAACCACUAUCACGCAAUAAAGAGAAUUUGCACAGCAGCACAGAAAACUCGUGUGAGUGUGAGAGAAUAUCAAAAAGAGCAAAUAAAUAACGCUCGAGAUUGCGCGAGCAGAAGUAAAUAAGUACGAGUUAACUCAUUCGCAGUGAUUUAGUUUGAAGCCAAGCUUCAACGUGUUUGCAACGUUGUUCUUUUGCAGUAAGUGCUUCGUCUUGUGCUUAAAAGGAUAAUUCUCCAGCCAUCCAGCUACCGUUAGCUGGUCAAAGUGUGAAGUGUGCGAUAAUUUAUCCUACAAACGAUUCGGGGGGAAAAUAAGAAAAAAAGUGAAGUAAUUAAAAAAUUACUACUGGCAAUUAGCGGUUAAAAGUUGUGGAAAUACAAAUUUCGUUUUUCAUAGAUCGCACGCUGGAAAAAGUUUGUGUGAUCAAGCAGUGAAAGAUUGCGGGAUUUUGUUCGUAGUAAAAUCCUUUGAUCGAAUUGUGAACCUCAACCGAGCCACCUGCUGCUGCCGACUGUUCUGCUUAGUUCACUUCUGGACGUGCUCCUGAGAAGGUGUUUCAAGUGUGAUCUUGCGGGAAAAAAACUGUGGAGCUGUAACUAGCAACUGCCACCUAGCAGGAGUCAAGGUUUCUUGGGCAAUUCAGUACUAAUUGAACGCAUCUGGUAAGGACCUAUAAUCCUAACCACUCAGAGGGUGCCGGAGACAAGCACAGCGCAUAGCAGCACCGCCAUUCCUUCCCGUGGAAAACGUUCCCACAAGAAAAAAGCACGACGCAACCAAAACGCAACGAUGCCAGCUCGCUUCGAAGAUGUCACUACUGACACCCGCCGUGGUGUCCCCCGGGACCUGGGGGGACAGUACGAUGGCUGUCAGAUUCGGGAUGACAUCUGCAUCACAGGCUUCUCGGGCCGCCUGCCGGAGAGCUCCAACAUCGAGGAGUUCAAGCGCAAUCUGAUGGAGGGCAUCGAUAUGGUCAAUGACGACGACCGGCGGUGGCCGAAGGGUCUGUACGAGCUGCCCACCAGGAUUGGUAAAAUAAAGAACGAAGAUUUGCAAAAUUUGGACGCGGAAUUUUUCAAAAUCCACCAGAAACAGGCGGAAUGUAUGGAUCCGCAGAUGCGAAUGCUGCUUGAGUGUACCUAUGAGGCUAUCAUUGAUGCGGGCAUCAACCCUCAGGAGAUUCGAGGCAGUCGCACUGGUGUAUAUAUUGGAUGCUCGAAUUCGGAAACAGAGCAACAUUGGUGUGCCGAUCCGGACUUGGUCAAUGGGUACGGUUUAAUCGGUUGCGCACGAGCCAUGUUUGCCAAUCGGCUGUCCUAUACGUUCGACUUCAAAGGUCCCAGCUAUGCAGUCGAUACGGCUUGUUCGAGUUCCCUCAUCGCGAUGUCGACUGCUUUCGCAGACAUGAAGGCUGGGCACUGCGAUGCGGCUAUCGUUGCCGGCUGUGGACUGAUUCUCAAGCCAACUAUGUCCCUCCAAUUCAAAAGAUUAAACAUGUUGGGUAAAGACGGUACGUGCAAGGUUUUCGAUGAAUCUGGUAAUGGGUACGUACGUUCGGAUGGCUGCGUCGUUACGUUUUUGCAGCGUGCCUCCGAUUCACGACGCAUUUAUGCAAGUGUUUUAAAUGUUCGAAUCAACACUGACGGAUAUAAGGAGCAGGGCAUCACGUUCCCUAAUGGGCAAAUGCAAAAGCGUCUAAUCACGGAGACUUACGAGGAAAUCAACCUAAAUCCCGCGGAUGUUGUUUACGUAGAGGCACACGGAACCGGAACUAAAGUAGGCGAUCCACAAGAAGUGAACGCUAUCACGGAUUUCUUCUGCAAGGAUCGCAAGACUCCGCUGUUGAUCGGAUCGGUAAAGUCCAACAUGGGUCACUCGGAACCCGCUUCCGGUGUGUGUUCGAUUGCAAAAAUGUUAAUUGCCAUGGAGGAAGGUAUCAUUCCCGGAAAUCUGCAUUACAAGAGCACUAAUCCGGAUUUGUACGGUUUGAUGGACGGUCGGGUGAAGGUUGUGGAUCGAAACAUGCCCUGGAAUGGAGGAAUCGUAGGGUUGAACUCUUUCGGCUUUGGAGGCGCCAAUGCGCACGUUAUCUUGAAGUCAUACCCAAAACCAAAACCAAUAAGCCCGAAAAAUGGAUUCCCCAAAUUGGUUCUCGCUUCAGGACGUACUGACGAAGCGGUGGAAGCGUUCCUUGAAGCGGCCGAAAAGAAUAAAGACGAUGAGGAGUUGGUUGGAAUUGUGAAUGAAAUCCACAGCAAGAAUAUUCCGUUACAUUCGAACCGCGGUUACACCGUUGUUGGGGAUGGUCAGGUGGUUCGCGAAGUUCUGGAUGUAAAUGACGACAAGCGUCCAAUUUGGUUCAUCUAUUCCGGUAUGGGAUCGCAAUGGGCUAGCAUGGCGAAGCAAAUGAUGCAAGUUGAGGUUUUCAGCAACAGCAUUCAUCGCUGCGCUGAGGCACUCCGACCGGAAGGCAUCGAUUUGGUCGAUAUUUUAACCAAGAGCGAUGAGGGCACCUUCGAGAAUAUUUUGAAUUCGUUCAUAUCGAUUGCUGCAGUGCAGGUCGCACUGACCGACGUUCUGAACUAUAUUGGUAUCAGUCCGGAUGGAAUGGUGGGACAUUCGGUGGGAGAAUUGGGUUGUGCCUACGCUGAUGGUUGUUUCACUCCGGAGCAAACGGUACUGGCCGCUUACUGGAGAGGUCGAAGCAUUUUGGAUACUCAACUGAUUAAAGGUCAGAUGGCAGCUGUCGGUUUGUCGUGGGAACAGUGUAAGGAACGACUACCGAGUGACAUCAUAGCGGCGUGCCACAACAGCAGCGACAGCGUGACGAUUUCUGGUCCCGUUGAUUCGGUAUCUAAGUUCAUCGGCGAGCUAAACGCCGAAGGAAUAUUCGCCAAGGGAGUUAAAUCUUCGAACAUUGCCUUCCACAGUCGGUAUAUUGCUGACGCGGCGCCGAAGUUGCGCAAAUCUCUCGACAAAAUUAUUCCUAACCCGAAAAACCGUUCACCACGCUGGAUCAGUACCAGUAUCCCUGAAGAAGCUUGGAAAACUCCACUAGCUCAACAAUCAUCGGCAGCGUAUCAUGUUAACAAUUUGCUGUCGUCGGUACUGUUCUCUGAAGGUCUGCAACAUGUGCCGGCCAAUGCAAUUUGCAUCGAAAUCGCCCCUCAUGGUUUGCUGCAAGCCAUUCUGAAGCGAGCUCUUGGUAAGGAUGCAACAAAUCUCAGCCUAAUGAAACGCGGCCACGAUAAUAAUGUAAUCUUCAUGUUGAGCAACAUUGGAAAAUUAUACGCUGCUGGAGCACAACCACAGGUGAAUAAACUAUACCGUCCCAUCACAUACCCGGUAGGCCGAGGAACACCGAUGUUGAACUCCCUCAUCAAAUGGGACCAUUCGACUAAAUGGUUCCUGGCCAAGUUUGGAGUGGAAAAUAAAUCUGGCGAAACUAUUAUUGAUGUCAACCUGGACAAACCGGACGAUGCGUACCUUGCGGGACAUACCAUUGAUGGCCGUGUGUUGUUCCCUGCAACCGGUUACAUGACAUUGGCCUGGCGUACCUUUGCCAAGAUGCGCGGUGCUGAUAUGGACAAGACCCCGGUCGUAAUCGAGAACGCUGUUUUCCAUCGGGCCACCAUUUUGCCGAAGGAGGGAUCUGUAAAGUUCGGUAUCAAUUUCUUUGACGGCACUGGAGCGUUUGAAAUCUGUGAAGGUGGUUCGCUAGCGGUUUCGGGUAAAAUUUCAAUCCCCGAAAAGGUAGAAAAUGAAGAACUUAAUCUAUACAAACUGGAUGAAGAUAAGUCUGGAAUUCCGAUGAACACUAGCGAUGUGUACAAGGAACUGCGUCUGCGAGGGUAUGACUACGGCGGUAUUUUCCGAGGUGUAACCAAAGCCGACGGAAAAGCAAUUAACGGUGAGUUACAGUGGAAGGACAACUGGGUAAGCUUCAUGGAUACCAUGCUGCAAUUCAGCAUCUUGGGAAAGAACAUGCGAGAAUUAUAUUUGCCCACUAGAAUCGAAAAAAUCAUUAUCAAUCCAGCUCGGCACAUGGAUAUAAUGAACGAAUUGAAGUCGAAAAAUCUCGACGUCCCGAUCAGUGUUUAUCGAAACAUUGACGUCAUUAAAAGUGGAGGAGUGGAAAUGCGUGGACUAAAGGCCACACUUGCUCCGAAACGUAGUGGAACUCAAGCACCACCAACGAUUGAAAAAUAUGUCUUUGUACCUAAUAACAACGAAAAAGAUUUAGCUGAAAGCGGCGAAAAAGCCAGAUUGCGCGCAAUAACGGCCGCAGUUCACAUUGCCAUUGAAAACAGUGCCGGUGCGCUGAAGUUGAAGGUUGCCGAAGCCUGUUUCCAGCGUGCCCCGGAAAAUACCGCUGCCGGAAUAGUUCAAGCUAUAAUCGAAGGAGAACCGACACUGGUCAGCGAUGUUGCUGUUGUUACUAAUUAUCAACCGGAUAGUUUGACUCAGCAUUACGGUGAAAGCGGUGUUCGGGUUGUUCCAAAGGAUGCUACCGCAGCAGCCAUCGAGCAAGGCUGCCAUUUAGUAAUCUCUUACGACAUUCUCGGUAACUCGGAUGGACAAACCAUUCUCGGUCACCUACGCGAGUCCAUUCGUGACGAUGGUUUUAUUCUCUUGGAGGAAUCUCGCACAAGCUUCGACAGUACCAAGAAGGGUAAAGCACUGUUUGAUGCUCUUUCGUUGACUAUUGUCUCCUAUCAGUUCUGCGAAAAGAAGGUGUUUGUGCUGUUGCGCCCUGCCGUAAAUUACGAACAACGCAAGCAUACUGUCAUUCAGGUAACGGAAAAGAACUUUUCAUGGCUGGAAAGUCUGAAAGCUGCCCUCGCUAAGGCCGAAGAAACGAACACGUUCGUAUAUUUGAUUUGCCAGGGAGAAGAACUAUUUGGUGCGCAAGGAUUCAUCAAUUGUAUCAAAAAUGAAGCAGGUGGUAAAUAUGCUCGCAUGAUUUUCAUCCAGGACAAACGGGCGGAAAAAUUCUCGCUGACCGGAAAGUUUUACGCCGACCAGCUGCGCAAGGAUUUGAUUUGCAACGUUGUAAAUGGCAGCGGUGUCUGGGGAACGUUCCGUCAUCUCCGGUUGGAUAAUCAAGCUAACACUCCGUCGUUACCGGUCGAGCAUUCCUACGUGAAUGCGCUCACCAAGGGUGAUCUAGCUAGCUUGAAAUGGAUUGAGGGUACGCUGUCUCGCGACAGGCCUGAUCCGAAGGACAAGCGCGUUGAACUGUGUACCGUGUACUAUGCACCGAUUAAUUUCCGUGAUGUCAUGCUUUGCUCAGGAAAGCUCGGUGUCGACGCUCUACCCGGUGAUCUUCCCACGCAGGAUUGUAUUCUUGGCUUAGAGUUCGCAGGUCGUGACUCUGCCGGUCGGCGUAUUAUGGCCAUGGUUCCGGCAAAAUCAUUGGCAACAACCUGUAUUGCUCAUCGCAACAUGAUGUGGGAAAUUCCGGACAACUGGACCAUGGAACAAGCGUCCACGGUGCCGUGUGUCUAUUCAACCGUCUACUAUGCGCUGGUCGUCCGUGGUCGCAUGAAGGCUGGUGAAUCCAUCUUGAUCCAUGCUGGAUCAGGAGGUGUAGGUCAAGCUGCUAUUUCGGUUGCACUGGCCGGAGGAUUGACCGUCUUCACAACCGUCGGCAGUAAGGAAAAACGAGACUUCCUGAAGCGAACCUUCCCGAAAUUGCAGGACAAGAAUAUCGGCAACUCGCGAGACUGUUCGUUUGAACAGAUGGUGAUGCGUGAAACGCAGGGCCGCGGUGUCGAUUUGGUACUGAAUUCGCUGGCAGACGAAAAACUACAGGCUUCAGUACGGUGCUUGGGUUUGAACGGACGGUUUCUCGAAAUCGGCAAGUUUGAUUUGAGCAAUAACAGUCCGCUGGGAAUGUCAGUGUUCUUGAAAAAUACUUCGUUCCAUGGUAUUUUGGUGGACAGUAUAAUGGAUGGCGACGAGGAAACACUCAGCCAGGUGACGAAGUUGGUUUCCGAAGGUAUCAAAUCGGGAGCUGUACGACCGUUGCCGACAAGUGUAUUCGGAGAUCAACAAGUAGAGCAAGCAUUCCGCUUUAUGGCAUCCGGUAAGCACAUUGGUAAAGUUGUUCUCAAAAUUCGAGAUGAAGAGAAAGCGAAAACGGUAGUUCCCCCGCCAAAACUGGUGGCAUCGAUACCACGAACGUACAUGCACAAGGAGAAGAGUUACAUUCUGAUUGGAGGUCUGGGAGGCUUUGGAUUGGAACUUGCCAAUUGGUUGGUGUCACGAGGCGCCACAAAAAUUGUACUAACUUCGCGAAGUGGAAUUCGCACCGGAUAUCAAUCCUUAAUGAUCCGUCGGUGGCAGGAACGUGGCGUUACCGUUUCGAUUGAUACUAAUGAUGUGACCACCCUCAAGGGUGCACAAAAGCUGUUACAAGAAGCGAAAAAACUGGGUCCAGUUGGAGGCGUUUUCAAUUUGGCAGCUGUACUUCGAGACGGAUUACUAGAAAACGGCACGGAAGCCGACUUUAAGACUGUUUGCGUACCAAAGGUUGACGGAACAAAGAAUCUAGAUCAAGCUACUCGUGAAUUGUGUCCUGAUUUGGACUACUUCAUUUGCUUCUCCAGUGUAUCCUGCGGAAGAGGUAAUAUCGGUCAAGUGAAUUAUGGUCUUGCGAAUUCGGCUAUGGAGCGAAUCUGUGAGGCCCGGCAGUCGGUUGGUUUACCCGGAACUGCGAUCCAGUGGGGAGCUAUUGGUGAUACCGGAUUGGUAUUGGAGAAUCUCGGUGACAACGAAACGGUUAUCGGUGGUACUUUGCCACAGCGUAUGCCUUCUUGUCUGCAAACAAUCGACUUCUUCUUGCAGCAGCCAUGCCCAGUACUGGCAUCGAUGGUGGUGGCCGAAAAACGAAAGGCCGAAACUGGCGGCGUUGGAUUGGUCAGUUGCAUCGCAAACAUUCUUGGGUUGAAGGAUACAAAGAAUGUGUCUGAUUCGUCCAGUUUGGCCGACCUCGGAAUGGAUUCACUCAUGGGCGCAGAAAUUAAGCAGACCCUUGAGCGAAACUUUGACACGGUCAUGAGCGCAGCGGACAUCCGAAUGCUUACAUUCGGAAAGCUGAAAGCAUUAGAAAGCGGCGGCGGGGAUACAGGUGCCGGAAGCGGUGCUCCGACAGCGGCAAGCCCAGAACCUAAACAUCAAGACCAGAAUGGAAUUGGAGAUGGAACACAAGUUAAAUUCAGUGCCGAACUUAUGCCAACACAAUGCUUGGUCCGAUUGGCUUCCAAAGCUCCAGCGACAAGCAAAGACAAACCAGUGUUUAUGGUACAUGCCAUUGAAGGGGUGAUCACAUCCCUCAUUCCGUUAGCCGAGACACUCCCCGUCCCCGUGUAUGGCCUGCAAUGUGUUGCCGAAGCUCCGCUAGAAUCUCUCGAAGCCCUUGCCGGCUUUUACAUCAAACAAAUCCGUACAAUUCAGCCGAAGGGCCCCUACUCAAUUCUUGGAUAUUCUUUCGGUGCGUCGAUUGCGUACGAAAUAGUCGCUCAACUAGAAAAAGCCAAAGAAACCUGCCGACUGAUUCUGCUGGACGGAUCGCCACGGUACGUAAGUUGGUAUACCGAAGCUCAGAAGCAGCGCAAUGCCAACGGAGAAGUGGUGCAAGCAGAGGAUGAAGCCUACGCAUUAGCGUACUUUGGCAUGGUUUGUGGCAAUUUGGACUACGGUAAAACCGCACACGAGCUUAUGAUUCCAAAGACAUGGGAAGCACGAUUGCAGAAAUGCGCCGAACUGGUCCGAGCGAAGAUGCCUCAAUAUUCUCAGCAGCUGCUUGAAACGACAGCCAAGUCGUUUGUGCACAAAAUUGUCGCCAGUCAUCUGUACAAACCUUCCUCCAAAAUUAACGCUCCCGUUAAGCUUGUGAAGCCAGUGGAAAACUAUGCUAAACUGCAAGGAGACUACGGUCUAUCUGAGCUCUGCAACAAAGAAGUAAAAGUCACGACGGUCAAGGGUGAUCAUCGAUCCAUGCUGGCAGGCGACUCUAUGGUGGAGAUUUCCAAGCUGCUUUUGGAACUGAAUUAAAUCCAAGAACUUCGUGCCGUAAAUAGCCACAGCAAACGCACUAGCUCGCAUCUCACAUAGAAAAAACAUGUCAUUCCAAGCACAGCGCUAAGAAAGUGAAUAGUUUAACUUAUUUUACGCAGUUUCUAUACGGUGUACAUUACUAUCCUUGUUCGCUUUAAUUUUACCCUUAGAAUACGGAAUGUUUAGAACAAAUGUCGGACAUAAGAUAGGAUAGGAUAUUUUAAAAGGACAACCAAUUAACAGAUAUGAAAGAAAAUUUACAUAAAUUCUAGCCAACAGGUCCAUUUAUUGCUAGAAUUGAUGUCAACUUUCUUUAUCAAUGUUUAACAAAAUCUGAUGUGAUCUUUCCGAAGACCUUAGGUAGCUACACAAACAUUACAGUAAAAAAAGAGAGUCCGAAUCUACGACAGGAACAUUUAGGUUAAGAUUUUGAUCCUUUGAUUAAUGGAUGUAAAACCAGUUUACGCAUUGGAUGAUGACAUUCCACGCUAGAAUAAUCUUACGGCAGAUCUUCGUGUAGGGGAUUAGAUUCCUUUAAAAUUCAGAUACUGGAUUUUAAACUUUAUAUUUGUAUCUAGAAACUAUAAAAGUUGUUUUAUAACACUUGAAUGGUAAAUAUAAUUAUGAAAACAAAUAAAUAAUUUAUUUUGAUAAUUGAACAUUAUUGGCGUACCAAACUGAUUCUGUCUUAGACAUAUAAUAUACCCAACGAUAUUAAACAUCAAGAACUCUAACCGAUAUAAAAGAAAACAAUUUUACAAAACAAGGGGCAUCCAGGUUUAGUCACGUAAGAACUAGCAUGUUAGCCGUAUAGGCAUUCUCUCAUCUCAAAGCAAAUUGGAAAAUACUAGACGACGGUGAAUUAUUGAUAAAAGAUACUCAAACCAUAAAACUAAAUAAAGAGUCUUCGCACAAUCUCACAUGUAUUUCAGCACCAACAACCAAUGCACGUAGAGCAAGCCCAAGGUUAUGGAAAUACUGUAGUAGUAGCUAAUCAGGAUUCCUUUGCCUUAAUUUUUCCCAAUCCCAGAAUUACGUAAAUUACUAGUAACUGGUAACAGCUACACACAAUCCCAUAUAUAUUCCGAUGCACAGGGAGUUUAUAAGCGCGAAUUAAGAUCAGAAAUUAUCCCUUGGGUGUGAAACGUAUUGAAGUGUAAACAUUGUACAUUUACUUAAAUAGUUGUACAACACAGCGUAUUUUGAGCACGAAUAAAACAUUCUCGCGCGUAAUGAUGUUGU